AGGUGAAGUUUGAGGAUAGACAGCUUCUCACUGAGGAGCCAACCUCUCCCCUCCCUUAGGCUCUGGGAGAAAAAAGAAUGGUAUUAAAAAAACCCAAACUCUGUCUCUGAGUGCUUGCCGUGGCAACUAAGGCUCCGGUACUUCGUGGAGUUCAGGGACCCUUGAAACCAGAAAUUACCAUAACUUACAUUGCUGUUUCAGCUAUCUUCUUUAACAGUGGACUCUCCUUAAAAACUGAGGAGCUGACAAGUGCUUUGAUGCAUGUGAAGCUGCACCUUUUUGUCCAGAUUUUUACACUUGUCUUCUUCCCAACAGCAAUAUGGCUCUUUCUUCAGCUGUUAUCAAUCACACCUAUAAAUGAGUGGCUUUUAAAAGGCUUGCAGACAGUAGGCUGCAUGCCACCUCCUGUGUCUUCUGCAGUGAUAUUAACCAAAGCUGUUGGUGGAAAUGAGGCAGCUGCUAUAUUUAAUUCUGCUUUUGGAAGUUUCUUGGGCAUUGUUAUAACUCCACUUCUGCUGCUGCUGUUCCUUGGAUCGUCCUCCUCUGUGCCUUUUCCAUCUAUCUUCUCGCAGCUGUUUAUGACCGUUGUAGUCCCCCUUGUUAUUGGACAGAUUGUCCGAAGAUACAUCAAGGACUGGCUUGAAAGGAAGAAGCCUCCGUUUGGUGCUAUCAGCAGCUGCGUGCUCCUCAUGAUCAUCUACACAACCUUCUGUGAUACCUUCGCCAACCCCAAUAUUGACCUUGACAAAUUCAGCUUGAUCAUAAUAGUGUUCAUAAUAUUUUCUAUACAGAUGAGCUUCAUGUUUUUGACUUUCCUCUUCUCCACAAGGGAUAACUCUAAUUUCACACCAGCAGACACAGUGGCUAUCAUUUUCUGUUCCACACACAAAUCCCUCACUCUAGGAAUUCCGAUGCUGAAGAUCGUCUUUGCGGGUUACGAACACCUGUCCUUAAUCUCCGUCCCCUUACUGAUUUAUCACCCAGCUCAGAUUCUUCUUGGCAGUCUGUUAGUACCAACAAUAAAAUCUUGGAUGGUUUCUAGGCAACAGGCACAGAAGUUAACCAGGCAGCCCAAAGCACCGGUGAAGGUAUAACUCUGGAGAUGGCCUGUGUCACAGUGAAUGUAGAUAUGUACUAUACUGUACACACAGACAAUUGAGACAGCUGGGUACUUGUGAAUGUUGCUUCAGUGCAUAUUUUAUUUUUUUAUAUAUAUAUAUAUUAAAAAGAUACCAGUUAAGUGCCUUACAGAUGCAUUUUUGGCAAAACUGUUGUUUCCAGAAGCCACUUUGUUGGUUACUGCAAGAGGCUGUACAGUAUUUUGGAGUUCUGUAGUUUUUAUUUUUGUACCUGAGCGAGUGGUCACGACUAAGAGCUGUCAGUUCUUCCACUGCCCCUCCUUGAAGCCAGGGUGCACCUCUGUUUUCAACCAGCCCAAGUGGCCAGAAGCCUGUCCCACUGCUGGCUGACCCUGGGCAAGAGCUUUCUGAAGGGUUUUUUUGAGAUUGACUUGAAUUUCUGUGUGACUCUGUUACACUCCCCAGUCAUACGACUGUGACAUGCCUUUUUCUUCUGAGUUUGUGUAUACUCAGCAUGGGGCCAUCCAUUGGAUAGAAGCUGAAAAGCAUGAAUUAUUUGCAUUUGUUGACACAGUUGUCUAGACAUUCCUUCAAAGGUAAUGGUUUCUCAAAAAAUUCUUUCAAUUCCAUUGUAUGAUAUUGUGCCAUUGUAUAUCUUAAAUGCCUCAUAAGCUUCUUCAAAGAACUGGUCUGGUGCUUGGGUUGUGAGUGAAGUAUUUGUGUUUGCAGCUAGGAGAUCUUUUAUCAUUUACCCCUGGAUUUUUGGUUUUCUUUUUUUUCCUCUUUCUUUUCCUUCCCCCAGUGCAAUGCAGGGAGAUCUGCAGUGACAGAAUUUAGGAUGCUAAUAUUGAAACAGAGCCUUUACUGUAGUUUUCUGCACUGGUAAUGAAUAAUAGCUUGCAAGGACCAGAAAGUUGACAAUUUUUUUUUUUUCCCCCAAUUAAAAGAAUCCUUAUAGCAACAGGAACAUUCCCUCAGCUAAUCUGACAAUCAGUCACAACUUUUUAAUGCAUAAAAUGUUACCUUUUAAACAAGCUUACAUUAAGAGAAUACAGCAUGCUGUUUCUGAGAGCAGCAUUGAAGUGCAAGGGGCGCAGACGUGUACUUAAACAGGUAAGAUUUCAGAAGCCUAGCCAAGUCCUGGCACUGAGGUGUGCCCGUGUGUGAGUGUGGUGCUGGCACUUGUGCCUUCAAGGGCUGCAAGGAAUGAAGAAAAUAGGUCAAAGGGGGAUCAAUAUAAAUGCAGAAGUUUCAUGUGUGUAGUGCUUGACAUUGCAGUUAAUGCUGCAACAGAGUGCCAACAUCUGGGAGCGACUCUUUAGCAGAUGUCACAGCUCUGAGAAGGCUGUAGCCAUUUACAGGAGCUAAAGGUCUUCUGCAUGGCAAUAGGCACAUGAAACUCAUAUCCUUUUGCCUCAGUGAGAAACGGUGUGCUUGGGUUUCCUGGCCUGCUAUUCCCAGUGCACUAUUCCUGAGAGCACCAGAAAGAUAAUCUGGUAGCACUCAUUGGUGCUUUACCUGGUGGUCAGUCAGAGCAAGGUGGCGCUGUCACCGUCUGGGAGCUGACAGUGUUGUCACCUUGUUCUGAACUGUCAUCACCAGUAAAAUAAGCAUGUCACAAAGGUAUGUGAGGUGGCAGCAAGUUGAAUUCUUUUAUUCCCUAAAGGGGCAUCAAGCUCUGCACACUGAGCGGGUGGGAGCACUGAGGGAUACUGCCCACCACCUGUGCCCCCCUGGGCUGUGCUCACUUCUCACUAGCCAGCGAUGCAAAGGGAAUCAAAACUGAGCUCAGCCUUUUGAUCAGUGCAUCCCUAGAUGGCACAGUCAGACCCACCAACAGGCCAGACUGUGAGAUAACUGGACAGGAUAGUGUUGUAUUCUUGGGCCAAAUCAAGAUUCCCUUUAAGCAUGCUAGCCAGAACUGGCUUCAUCUGAGGGAGAAAAAAAAAUCCUUUGAGCUUAAAAACCCUGCUCACAGCAGAGUCCAGGCUCAGGACAAUUUGGUUUUGUUCUCUUUUCAUAAACCUGAACAUCCAGAGUAUAUAAAGACUUCACCCCUGAAAAUGGAGCACUCUUUCUGUUGGCUUUGAAUGGCAAAGCACCAAGCCCAGGAAGAGUGCUCGUGGCUUCUGCAUAUCGAGAAAGAGUUCAAGCAACAGUAACUUAUAGUGGUUGUGUCAAUGCUAAACAGUCAGAACACUGCAAGUACCCUUACUGAGCUACCUCUAUGUACUGAAUCUCCUGCUCUCAGUACAUCCAGCAGACUUGCUUAGAUUCCACUGAACGCAUCCUUUUUGCUCUGUUUUAAAUGGUUUCUAUGUUUAUGACUAUUUCAAACUGAUUUAAGAGGGAGUUUUGUUAGAGCCGUUACAAAGUCCUUGUUGAUUGCUUGGGUCAGCCAAAAUACUGUGUAUGAGCGUUGGAGGUGUUGGUCUAAAGGGACUAUAAAUCAAACCUGAAAUACAUCUUUUAAAUCCGUGCUCAGUGAAACUUAACUCUGCAUAUCAAUUCUGUUAUGUUUAAAGACUGUGAAGAUGUUUGGUUUAUGACUUGUUGUUAUGCCUCUAUGUCUUUAAUAAACAGAAUGCUUUGAAAUUUCAUUUUGUUAAUAGAAAAUCCAAACUGCUUAUUCUCGAUGUCAGCUUUUUACCUCUGUUGCCUAUGUUUUGUUCUUUUGUGGCCAAGCCUUGAGGCUGUUUGCCUGUUCCUUAAACAAAAAGCAAUCUGUGAGCUGUACAGAAAUAUGAACUAAACUUGGGGAAAGAAAGUUUUUGGAGUACUGCAAAAUGUUAUCAGCUGAAAAGUUAUUCACUGAACUCCAACAAUAUUUCAAGUAGAGAGUUAGAACAGUUCUGAAUCUUUUCAUCUCUUUGGGUUAAAUUCAGCUGAGAGAUCUGGUAUUAAGCAUAACCAGGCAAAACUGAUGGCAGAGGAAGACUUUGCCUGUGUUAAAAUAUCAGGAUUUUUCUUGAUCACCAACAGUUCUUCUGCGUUUCUAUAAUCCCAUCCAGUGAGUAUGGAGAAAAAGAAAAGCCCAAACAAUAAAAGAGCACUUCAAAGGUCGUAAGGAAUCUUAGCACUUUGUGUUGAGUUACUCCAACAUUUUCUUUCCUUUUUUCUGUGCUGAACUGAGAAGCUUUUGAUGACCCCAGGAAUAGGUCAAAGCUAAGUAUUUUUUUCCUGUAGUUAAAGUGGUGGUGGUGUUUUUUCUCUAGGCGCUUUAGUCAGUGCGAACAGGUUACAUGACAGAAAAGGCAAUCUCAGCAGAAGCUCACAGUUGUGCUUGUUCACAGAGCACAAGGAAAGUAAUCCAGUAGCUUGGGUUUACAGGAGUCCCCCACGUUAUUCUGGCAGCCAGGGAAAGAGGAGCUGUUAGUUCUGUUUGUGUGUGGUUUUCUGCGGCAAUAUCUUGACAGCAGGAGGUUAGAAGGCAAGAUGAAAUAUUGUCUGUCUGCGAGCACAUUUGUUUGUGUGCAAGUGCCUACGUGCAUAAGAGAUGAGCAGUCAUAGAUGUAGAAAUCACUAGAAAGGACCAAGUCCCUGGUAUACAUUUUUCUUGCAAGGCUGCAUAUGGAGAAAGAGCUACUUUUUGAUGUUGUUCUGACAUUAAAAAUGGAAUUUCAGACACUGAA